CUCAGCCCUGUCGCAUUUAAAGUUUGAUUUAGAAACAGAAAGAAAGGGAUACACAUAUAUAUAUUUAUAUAUUUAAAAAAGUGGAGAUGAAUAGCAGCGGGUUCAACCAGACGGAGGGCGGACUCUUCAACAAGACGGAGGAGUUAUUCUGCUGCAACUUUUCCUCCGUGGUGACUGAUGAUGGCUUCAUGGCCGCCGCGCCGGACGAGAGGAGCCUGUUCAUCAUGAGGGUGGUGCAGAUCGCCGUCAUGUGCGUCCUGUCCCUCACGGUGGUGUUUGGCAUCUUCUUCUUGGGCUGCAACCUCCUCAUAAAGUCCGAAGGCAUGAUCAACUUCUUGGUAACGGACAGGAGACCGUCCAAGGAAACGGAGGCAGUCAUCGUGGGAGCGUAUUGACGCGGCGGGGACCUUGACGUUAUGGUUGCUCCAGUCGGACGGGGACAGACGGGGGGACAGCGCGAUGAUCCCCGAGCCUCUCCUCUCCCAUCCAGAUCGACCUCAGAGGACCAGUCGCCAUGCAAGAGGCAACCGGACCCCGCGGGGCACCGGAGCGCACGGCCGUCCGUCUUAUUUCCAGGUGGCUCUUUAACGCCAACAAAGACUCAUUCAUCUCCAAGAGGUAUAGUGCGUUUUAAGGCUCUUUGUUGAUUAAGUAUUCGGUCGAGCACUGUUGUUAUUUCGGUAGACGGAGCACACGUUUGUCAAGGCAGCGUCCUUUGUCGUGUUGGUGGCAAAUAAAAGUCCACGUACGUAUGUGCUGCGCAGUCUUACCCUCUCAUAUUGCCAAUGCAAUGGAGACAUUCAUGUUUGUAAUUCUUGUGCAUGUUGUAUGUGUUUUUGCAUACAAUGUGCAAUACAAUGUGCAAUGUGUGUAUUUCUCUGGACUUCCUGGUGGUAACCGUGUGAGUGUCUGCGAUGGAGGAAGACCAGCAUGCCAUGUAUCUUGUUAAUUGGAAUAAAUGGAUUAUGUAAUUAAAGUUUUUCUCUUA